UCGAUAAUGGAGCACCACCAGCAGCGGCUGCUGCAUUUGUCGCCACACCAAGAGCACCUCAUGCUCAGCCCGGGGUUCUUCGACGUCGUUGACCCGCUGCAUUUCCACGACCACGGUGAUGUUUUCGUGGAGCCCCUGGCCGCGGCGGCGGGCGUGGUGGAUGAUAGCGCCUGGAUGGAGGACCUGAUGCAGCUCGGCGACGAGCUGUUCGGCGGCGGCACCGGGGACAACGAUGUCGUCGUGGACGACAUGGUUGGCGAUGAGCAGGCGUGGCAGCAAGAAGGCGACGGCGGCUCGCCGGACGACCAGGCGUGCAGCUACGACGACGUGAUCAGCCCUGACGGUUCCGGGGAGCAAGGCGCGGGCUGCGAGCCCAGCCGCGACGACAGCGACCUGUCGGGGACGAGGAAGAGGAGGGACCGGUCCAAGACGAUCGUGUCGGAGCGGAAGAGGAGGUUCCGGAUGAAGGAGAAGCUCUACGAACUCAGGGCCCUCGUCCCCAACAUCACAAAGAUGGACAAGGCUUCCAUCAUCGCCGACGCGGUGGAGUACGUCAAGAACCUGCAGUCGCACGCCAGGAAGCUCAAGGAGGACGUCGCCGCGCUCGAGGCGCGGCCGGGAUUGCCCGGGCGGCGGCAGCAGCAGCAGCAGCAGCAGAAGGACCGCCCCGUCGCCGGACGCCGCCAGGGGCAGCACGGCCGCAGCGGCAACAAGGACGACGAGGGGAGCAGCUCGAGAGGAGGAGGAGGCGGCGGCGGUGCGAGGGUGACGCACGUGGGCGCGGUCCAGGUCGGCGAGGGCCGGUUCUUCGUGACGGUGGAGUGCGAGCAGCGGGACGGUGGCGUGGCGGCGCCGCUGUGCGCGGCCGUCGAGUCCAUGGACUGCUUCCGGGUGGAGAGCUCCAACAUCGGCUGCGAGUCGGACCGCGUCGUGUCAACUCUCACGCUCAAGGUCAGUGAAGCAAGAGAGGACGCGGUGAUCAACGAGCGGACGGUGAAGCUGUGGGUGAUGGCGGCUCUUCUCAACGAAGGCUUCCGGCCCGAAGCGACGGCGGAGAUCUGCUAGUUCCGUCCAUCAAACGGCUAAUUUUAAUCCGCUAGCUAGCUCUCUUCAAAUUUCCGAUGUAGCCCCUCAUGCUCCAUGUCCACGUGUAGUGCUCCAAUGGUAUGUUGCAUGCCCUAUUUGGUUGUUCCCGUCCGUCCGAUCUGUGGAUGAUGACGAAGAUUACAAACCACAAGAGAGUGGCCAUGCUGAUCUACCACUCCUGUGUAACGAAUCGAUCCGAACCGUCCACCCACAUGGUUGAUCGAUCAAACGGCAAAUGAAGAAUGCUAUGGUCCUCGAUUUAUCUUUCAACCUUAAAGUGCAAAGAACAAACACUUGUAUGAAUUUUUUUCGUGCAUGA